AUGUAUAGCUGGGAUCCGGAUAUUCUAAUUGGCUAUGAGAUUCAAAUGCUUUCAUGGGGCUAUGUAUUCGACAGAGCUAAAUUUUUGAAAAUCGGUUUAGCGCCUAGAUUGUCGCGUAUUCCUGAACAAAAAAUUAGAUCCCAAAUUGAGUUAACUGAUAAUUCACUCGCUCGUUAUAAAACAGACUUAUUUGUAAUCGGUAGAAUUUUAUUGAAUGUGUGGCGAAUAGUUCGAAGCGAAGUUACAUUGAAUAUUUAUACAUUUGAAAAUGUUUCAUACCAUGUAUUACAUCAAAGGGUGCCUCAUUAUUCCUUUGAAACAUUAACGGAAUAUUUUAAUCAAGACUCUCACAGGUGGAAGACAAUUGAAUAUUAUCUAAUGCGCUGUCGGAGCAAUUUUUUAUUGUUGAAUGAAUUGGAUACGGUCGGUUUAACUAGUGAAUUUGCAAGACUUUUUGGAAUUCCGUUUUAUUCCGUUUUAUCAAGGGGAAGUCAAUUCCGAGUAGAAUCCAUGAUGUUGCGAAUUGCAAAGCCGAUGAAUUAUAUAGCAGUGUCACCAAGCCCUGAUCAAAGAGCUAUGAUGAGAGCUCCGGAAGUGAUAUCCUUGAUUUUGGAGCCUGAAUCUCGUUUUUACUCAGAUCCGGUUGUGGUUUUAGAUUUUCAGUCCUUAUACCCAUCAAUAAUUAUAGCUUACAAUUACUGCUUUUCAACUUGCCUGGGAAAUGUCAAGAAUAUUAUCACAGACGAAAGUAGGCAAUUUGGUUGUACUACAUUGCGUGUACCUUUAGCAACCAUGAAGAAAAUUAAAGAAGACUACACUGUCUCACCGACGGGACUCGCCUUUGUUAAAAGUAACAUCCGUAAAGGGGUACUACCAAGAAUGCUAGAGGAAAUCUUAAAUACUCGUGUUAUGGUAAAAGGAGCUAUGAAAAAAAACAAAGGAGAUAAGGCCUUAGAACGUCUUCUAAAUGCGAGGCAGCUAGGAUUGAAAUUAAUUUCUAAUGUGACUUAUGGUUAUACUUCGGCCAACUUUUCAGGACGUAUGCCUUGUGUUGAGAUUGGCGAUAGUAUCGUAGCUAAGGCUCGAGAGACUUUAACCCGUGCGAUACACUUGGUAGAAAAUACUCCCGAAUGGAAAGCAAAAGUUGUUUAUGGAGAUACAGAUAGCAUGUUCAUUUUACUUGAGGGUGCCACUAAGGAUGAGGCCUUUCGUAUUGGUAGAGAAAUUACGAAACGGGUUACGGAACUAAAUCCUGUACCGGUUAAAUUAAAGUUUGAAAAGGUGUAUUUGCCAUGCGUACUACAAACGAAAAAACGCUAUGUUGGAUUUGCAUAUGAAAAAGAAGAUCAAUUUGAACCAAUUUACGAUGCAAAAGGAAUAGAAACUGUUCGCAGAGAUGGCUGUCCAGCUGUUGCGAAAAUAUUAGAAAAAUCUAUCAAGAUGUUAUUUAUGCAACGAGAUGUAUCAUUAAUAAAGAAAUUUGUAUUGAGGCAAUGUCAAAAAUUAAUUGAUGGUAAAGCCAGCACAAAAGAUUUUGUUAUCGCUAAAGAAUAUCGUGGGCGUAGCUCAUACAAACCGGGGGCUUGUGUUCCCUCAUUGGAGAUCUCAAAGAAAUUACUAGCUACUGAUAAGCGGGCUGAACCGCGAGUUGGUGAACGUGUACCGUAUGUUGUGGUAUAUGGAAUGCCCGGCUUGCCAUUGAUACGUUUGGUUCGAAGGCCUAUUGAAUUCUUAAGCGAUCCAAGUUUAAGGUUAAAUGCAGCAUAUUACAUUACGAAACAAAUUCUUCCCCCUCUUAAUAGAAUAUUUUCGCUUAUCGGUGUCGAUACAAAUGCAUGGUAUAAUGAAUUACCGAGAUCCCUCCGUUCGGCGGCUUUUGUCCCUCAAAGUAACGAUCUAAUUCAAAAGGCCACAAUCUCUCAAUAUUUUAAUAGUUUAAGAUGUCCUAUAUGUGAAAUUGUUACAAAUCAUGGUAUUUGCUGUAAAUGUCAAUCUGAUCCUCAGAAGGCCAUUUUAUUAAUACAAGAUCGUCUACGCUUGAUGGAACGUGCUCAUUGCAAGAUGAAGGAGUUAUGUUAUCAAUGCAUUGGGGUUCGCCUUUGUGAUGUCCAAUGUGAAUCAUUGGAUUGUCCUAUUUUAUUUAAAGUACUGAAGGCAAAGCACGAAUUAGUACAAGCUUCGCAUUUACGAAAAGUGAUUGAAGUAUUUUCUAGCAGAAGUUAA